AUGGAGAGAGAGAGAGAGAGAGAGAGAGAGAUGGAGGCUGUGGCCGCGGCCGCGGCCACCUCAUUUGUGGAGUGGAUGGUGCCGAAGCUCUUUGAUUUCUUACAUGCAAAUCAUGAGCUUCGGAAGAACCUAAAGAAUGACAUCAUCUACAUCAAGCAUGAGUUUGCUAUGAUUUCUGCUGUCAUCAAGGAUGAUGAUAGCCGUGGUGGCUGCCGCAGCAGCAGUGAACAAGUGCAUACGGAGUGGAUCAAUAUUGUGCGUGAAUUGGCGCACGCCAUAGAAGACUGCAUCGACCGCUUCAUGCACAGUGUGACAAUGGCUGACUCGGAAAAAGGGAGGCUCAGCCGGGCUCUCCACCGGGUGAAGACGGCGAAGACCCGCGGCAAGUUUGCUGCGGAGAUCCGGACGCUGAAGAAUAGAUCAGAAGAUGCUUCCAAGCUGAGAGAAAAAUACUGCAACAACAGCAGCAGCAGUUCCUCACCAAGGUGGUCGUUGUCGUCUGAGCAGACAGACGCGCCGACAGCGGUUCAGGAUGAUGACGAUGACACCCAUUCAUCAGCUUCCAUCGCCGUUCCUGUGGGUAUCGACGGUCCCCGUGGCGAGCUUAUGGAUCUGAUCCAGCAGGAGCAACAGCUUAAGGUGAUUACCAUUGUGGGUUUCCAUGGCAUGGGCAAGACUCUCCUUGCCAAUCAUCUGUACAACUCCAAGGCAAUUGAGAGCCAAUAUGAAGUACGGGCUUGGGUCCAAGGGGGGAGGAGGACAGCAGCGGAUGUUCUCAAGGAGAUACUCAAGCAGCUUGGCCACCUUCCCCUGCCAACCAAUGGCAGUCUCACUCUCACCUUGCUUCACGCGAGCAUCAGAGAGUGCAUUGGCAACAAGAGGUUCUUUAUUGUAAUUGAUGACCUGCGGACAACAGCAUAUUGGCACAACAUGAAAGCAGCCUUUGUCGGUUUAAAUGGCAGAUUUCUGGUGACGACGGUCAUUCAGCCCGUAGCAAAUAUCUGUCGCAGCUCAUCUGUUAAUUAUCAUGUAUACACAAUGGCAACUCUUACCGACCAAGACUCAAGAAUAUUGUUCUUCAAUGAAGCUUUCCAAGACGAUGAACAGCCGCAGCAUGUGGAUGACCUCGGCUAUGCAGCGCUCAAGAAAUGUGAUGGUCUUCCCCUUGCUCUUGUUACCACCGCCAGGUUCUUGAAAAGCGCAGGUAAUCCAACACCCAUGUUAUGGGCAAAACUAUGCGCCAACCUGGGUACACAUAUGGAGAGUGAUGAUCUAUUUGCAAGAAUGAGGCGUGUGCUUGUCCAGAGCUACACCAGCCUUGAUAGCCAGGUCGCCAGGACAUUCUUGCUCUAUUUGAGUACCUACCCAAGUGGUCGUCCUAUCAAGAAAUCGAGCUUGUUAAGGAGAUGGUUAGCAGAAGGCUUGUCCCCAGGAGACAAUACAUAUAGUGAUGUUGAUGCCGCCAUUAGCAAUUUCAAUAAGCUUGUUGAUUGGAGCAUCAUCCAGCCAAUGGAAGCCAGCGGUAACAACACAGAGGUGAAGACAUGUCAUACCCAUGGCAUGAUGCUGGAGUUCGUCCUGCGCAAGUCCAUGUCCGACAACUUCGUUACCGUGUUGUAUGAUGGGCAGUCUACCUCUCGCCUACCCAAUAAUAUCCGCCGGCUUGCUCUGCAUCAUGCAAGGCCAAGAGAAGUGCCAGGUUUAACUCUUGUUCGGUCACUGACAAUCUUGGGAGAGGCGCACCCAUCUGUCCUGGACUUCUCCAAGUAUGAACUGCUGCGAGUUUUGGAUCUGGAAAAGUGCGUUGUACCCUUGGAGGAUGGCCAUCUCAAGUUGAUAUGCAGAAAACUGUUGCUGCUGAGGUACCUAUGCCUCGGGGCUGCAGUUAUUGCCACGGUGCUUCCCAAGGAGAUCAGGAAGCUUCAAUUAUUGGAUACACUGGAUGUAAGUAAAACAAAGAUAGAGAUUCUGCCAACGCAAGUCAUGGAGCUGCCACGUCUUGUUCAUCUCUUUGGGAAGUUCAAGCUCAAGAAAGAUCUAGGAGACUGGAGAAUGAGUAAGCUACAGAGUUGGUUGUUAGAGAAUAGCAAAUUGGAAACACUGGCAGGAUUUGUUGUGGACAACAGCAAGAGCCAAGAUUUUGCACAGCUCAUGGAUAAUAUGAAGGCUUUGACAAAGGUGAAAAUAUGGUGCGAGGCUACCGCCGACACCAGCAUCUCAAGUCAUCUCUCAAAGGCCAUCAAGGGGAUCAUUGAGAGAAGCACCCUGUUCAUAGGGACCCCUUCACUAUCACUCAAUUUUGAAGGUGAGUUGACCCAAGACAUGCUGAAUUUCUCUCUGGAGAAAGGAAAGCAUUCAUGCUCCCUCAAGCUGGAAGGAAGCAAGAUAUGCAGCCUGCCCCCCUUUGUUGCCUUGCUGGGUCGUCUCACUAAGCUAGGUCUUUCAUCCCCUCAGCUGAGCCUGAGCCAAGACUUCCUUGCUGCCCUGAGCAAAGUGCCCAGCCUGGCGUACCUGAAGCUGGUUGCAACUAGACUGGACAAGCUUGUCAUCAUAAAAGGUAUGCUGAAGACCCUGGGACGCCUAUCCAUUCUGGUCGACUCCACCAUGGAUCAGCUGGAAAUCAAAGAGGGAGCUCUACCAUGCCUCAAGUCACUGCAGCUGCUAUGCAAAGAUCUGUCUGGCUCUAUUUCCGGCACGUCAGCGGUCCAGUCCCUUGGACAUCUUAAGGAGAUUGUUCUCCAUCGUGAAGUGGGAGAUGAAACAAAAAAUGAGUGGGAAGAAGCAGCAAAGAACCUCCCAAGUCCACGUCCCAAGAUCUUGUUUCUCUAG